GCUGCCUUGCACAGCUGUUCGCCCGGAGGCUGCGGGCCCAGCUGCUGGCUGAAAUGCUGUGGCAGAGGGCCCGUCAGGUGCAGCGCAGCCAGGCUAUUCCAGAAUGACCUUGCAUUGAGCCUUUGUGGAAGAAACAAGAUUUAAACAUCAUUUCUUCAAUGUGCAUCCUUCUAUUCAAAUUUGACCCACGACCAGCUUCAAAAAAUGCAUACAGGCUUAUUCUAGCAGCUAAUAGGGAUGAAUUUUACCACAGACCAUCCAAAUCAGCCGAGUUUUGGGACAGCAGCAAUGAGAUCCUUAGUGGUCUGGAUAUGGAGGAGGGAAAAGAAGGUGGGACAUGGCUGGGAAUCAGUAAGAAAGGCAAGAUGGCAGCCCUGACAAACUAUAUGCAGCCAAAUAUUAAUAAAAAUGCAAAAGGAAGAGGUGCUCUUGUAACAAACUUCUUGACUGCAGAUCUGGACAGCUACUCUUAUUUGAAGAAAGUUUCAGAAGAGGGACAUCUUUAUAAUGGAUUUAAUUUAUUAGCAGCUGACUUGAAUACCACCAAAGGAGAUGUAAUUUGCUACUAUGGAAACAAAGGACAACCAGAACCUGUUUUCCUAAAUGCUGGAAUAUAUGGAUUGAGUAAUUCUUUGUUGGAUACACCAUGGAAGAAACUUCAAUAUGGGAAGCAGCUUUUUGCAGAAGUGGUCAAGAGAAGUGAAGAGCUUAUCAAAGAAGACCUGGUGAAGGAGCUUCUUACAGUGAUGAAUAAUCAAGAGCCUCAAUUACCAGACCCUGCAAUUGAAGACCAAGGGAAGGACUAUAUCCGUCCCAUACUGAACAAGUAUGCAGCCGUGUGUGUUCGUUGCCCCGGUUACGGAACAAGGACGAACACGGUGGUGCUCAUCGAUUCCCAGGGACACGUCACCUUCACCGAGCGCAACAUGAUCAAUGCUGAUGUCAACCAGUGGGAAACAAGCACCUAUGAAUUCAAUCUGCACAGUUAACAACUUUCCACAUGAAUGGUUUGUAAUAACAGCCAUGAGAGAACAUGCCAUUAAGCUCUAGUAAAUGUUUUGUGCCAGCCUCUACGAGCUAAAAAUAGCAAGGAAAGCAGAAGUUUAAAUAAACUGGUAGCAUACCCUAUCAAGCUCACAAAUGCUUUGGAGAAAACCAGAUGAAGAUGCUGUUUGUACAUGAAGUAGCAACUUAUAAGCAGAAGUAUUUUAUUUAAUGCCAUCCUGCUUUCAGGGCAAGACCAUCUUGGUCCAAGACAAAGUCAUUGCUUUUUUGUAGGUGUGGAUUUUUUAAAGAUGUUAUAAGUAGACUUAAACUUGGUUUUAGUUCUAACGAUGGGGAAAUAUUUGCUGCUUUUAUUGUUCUACAUGAAGGUUUUACCAAACUUUGCUUUACCUUCAACAUAUGCUGUUACGAUUGUAUAGCUGAUGCCAAUGUGCAUUAAAUGAAUGUAUGUUAUCCUGGUGGUAUUAUGUGCUUUAGUCUCAUUUAAGCUUUUCAGUGCCAUGAUGCAAUGUUCUGCCUGGGGAGGGCAGAGAGGGGGGAUUCUGUACAUUUGUUUUGGUAUAGAUAGUACAGCAAUAGAUCUUAUUUCUAAAACUUGAUCUGAGAAUCAAGAUAUGGAAUUUAGUUCAGUCUCUCUUCACUUUUGCUGAAAAAACCAUGGGAGCAGACUUGCUUAUCUUUGACCUGAAUAAAGCUAUUUGUGCUGUGACAUCCUGCUUCCUGAUAGUCUAAUUAGCAGUAUGUUUUUUGUUAUUUUCUUCUCUAGCAAGCAGGUAAGGAAUAGGUACCUGUUUGCAAACAGAAGCUGAAGAUGAGGUUUUCAUGUAUUGGCUGUUUUGUACAUAUAAAAUUUUGGAUUCAUUUCUUUAUUGGUAUAAUGUGUUACAGCCUGGAGUGAUUGCUCAUGGAUUUUUAGUAAAAAUAGCUAUGUGUUGUAAGGUGACACUGUUGCAGUCUUAUAUUGCUGAAAAAGUUGGGUAUUAAGAGGUACUUCCUAUGUUCUAACACCUGUGAAUUAAAAAGCUAUUUAAAUGCA